AUGCUGCAGCUGCAGGACUCGGUGGACUCGGCGGGCACGAGCCCCACGGCGGUGCUGGCGGCCGGCGAGGAGGUCGGCGCGGGCGGCGGCGCGGUUGGGGGGCGGCCGGGCGCGGGCACGCCGCUGCGCCAGACGCUGUGGCGGCCGCUGAGCAUCCAUGACCCCACGCGCCGCGCCCGUGUCAAGGAGUACUUUGUGUUCCGGCCCGGCACCAUCGAGCAGGCAGUGGAGGAGAUUGGCGUGGUGGUGCGGCCAGUGGAGGACGGCGACAUCCAGGGCAUGUGGCUGCUGACCGAGGUUGACCACUGGAACAACGAGAAGGAGCGGCUGGUGCUCAUCACAGGCCAGGCGCUUAUCUGCAAGUACGACUUCAUCAGCCUUCAGUGCCAGCAGGUGGUCCGCAUCGCCUUAAAUGUGGUGGACACCAUCUCCUGCGGAGAAUUCAAGUUUCUCCCGAAAUCGCUCAACAAGCGAGAAGGUUUUGGGAUUCGCAUUCAUUGGGACAAACAGAGUCGCCCUUCCUUCAUAAACAGAUGGAACCCCUGGUCCACCAACGUGCCCUAUGUCACGUUCAUAGAGCAUCCGAUGGCCGGUGCGGAUGAGAAGACAGCCGCUCUGUGCCAAUUGGAAAGCUUCAAAGCUAUGUUAAUCCAAGCUGUCACCCAAAAAGAGAGUCCUCUGCUGGGACAAGCCAACGGUGUGCUGGUCUUGGAGCAUCCCCUCCUCAUUGAGACCUACGUGGGAUUGAUGUCCUUCAUUAAUGAGGCUAAAUUGGGUUAUUCCAUGACCAGAGGCAAAAUAGGCUUCUAGACGCUGCCCACAGGCAGACCUGGGGACUCGGGGUGUCAGGCCAGUUCUGCUGCCCCUGGCAGGGUCGGGCUGUUAACCUUUCAGGAAUCUGAGCGCGAUUAGAAUAGUCAAAUGAAUCCUAUACUCUAGCUGAAUCUUGGACAUCUGGUAAUAGGAGCUACAGACAAAAAGCAAGACGAAUCUAGCUGUUCCUGUCCUGGCCGGUCUUCCAUCUUCUAGAACCUGUUUCUGUGUUUUUCCUGGAGUGUCUGCAUUUGGCUUCUGAUGGUCCUUCCCAGCCCAGCACUCUAGCAUGUUAAUAAACGUGUGAUCCCACUAGAACCUCCCUGCUAGUGCUUCAACUGUGUAGAUUGUUCCACCCAGGGAGGUCCCUAAACCCCAGUGCCUGUAGUUGCAAAUACCUUUAUAUUUGGUGUCAAAUUUUGUAUUUUGAAAUUUAAUUCAUUUU